AGGGAUUGCAUCAGUCAGUAUAAACACGGGGAAGGCGGGAGAUGGAAAUUCAAGACAAUGAGCAAAACAAGAGCAAGGUAAAAGCGGGCCGAGACAACGUUUCGACAAGAGGAUUUGUCUGAAAGAGUCACGUCUUGAAAAAGACAAGUCUACAUGUUGAAACGUUGACGCCCGCUUUUACCUUGUUCUCGUUUUGCUCAUCAGUCAGUAUAGCCGUUCCUAACACAUGCAGCUGUGAUAAUAUCAUUAUCGUGCAUCACGUCUAGAUUGCGGUGACCGUUUGCAUCUGUUGGUUAGUGUGUGUGCAUUAAGCUGUUUCUUAGUGUCUGCAUAGAUGUACGGACGUAAUUGUACUUGCCUAGAGUGUUCAAAUUGUAGACAAUAUUGUGGCAGCAUUUUCAGUGACUGUCUGUGGGCUUGGCAUAGAACAGCCUCUGGUGCAGUCGUGUGGAAAGAAUUUUACAGCUGCGUUCCAAAAGAUUCACUGCACAUAAUUUGGGCGCUCUAAGCAAGUUUGAUUGUGGCUGUAGUGUUGCAAUGUCCAGUGUUGGGCAAUAGAAUGCUUAGGGCUUUAUGCCUUCUCAACCCCGUGAUCUAGUUGCGAGUCUUAAUUUAUUAAUGUUUUCGCCCAAAACUGCUGUACAUAUAACAGAGAUUGUUCACACAACAGUUCUGUAUCCGAGGUUUAUACAACUAUAUAGAAAGGCUCUCGUAGUGAUAACGGUCAUCAGGAAUGCUGCUGGUGCCAGAACACUGUCACCGUCUUUCCAAAAGCAGGGGUACCUAAUAAGAAGGUCCCUAUGAAGAGUCAUGUGUUCAUUCUGGUGCUUUUCAAAUGCUCUGGUAAACCGCUGAUAAAAGAUGCAGAAUGUCAGCUACGUAUGUGUGUCACUUUAUCAAAGAAUAUCUGAGUUAAGCUUACUUGGAAAAAACAGUUCAUACUUACAUGUUAUGUCAAGUCCGUAAGAUAAGUCCGUUGUCAGUCAGUCAGUCAAUCAGUCAAGAACUUUAUUGAAGUCCUGAGGAGUUUCAAGCCGUUGGAGAUCCCACGCGGGGAACUCCUCCGGCCGAAACCCUAGGCGACGCCCCAAGUCGGGACGGGAACGUGGUGACGUUCCGCCAAUUCUUGGGCCCUCUGGACGGCCUUGAGUUGAAUAUGUCAAAACAUUUUUUUUUUCGUCGGUUUGAGUUUGAGAAGGUUAGCAAGUGGAAUUAACAGCUGGAUGCAGUGGUGGAACAGCUGCGCCAAUUGCGCCAAAUUGUGCCGAGAGCGGUUCUUUGCACCAUCCUGCGCCAAAAGGGCGUUUUAGCGGAAAAUUGCGCCGAGCUUUCGCCAAAGCACGUAUAAGAGCGAAACCCUUCUUCCGUCGAUUCUUCGCAGCUAGCAAAACUGGAACCAAAACGAACAGCACGAUAGCAUUAUCAUCACAGAAGGAAGCAGAGGGACUUCUAUGGCAGUGAGAAACUCUAUGGGCGCGUUGGAGUCGUCUGUUCGUCAUUUUAGAGCGAAUGCUCUACUGCUUCAGGUGCAAACGCUGGUUCCGUAAAUCUGACCUUCAAUCUCAGCCAAGGUCGACUGAGCCUGCCACUACCGGCGGCUGCUGCGUACGCCGCGUGGACACCCACAUUAAAGCGGUGCAAUGUGCUGGUAGUUUCCCUAUACGCGCUGUGCUUUCGACACUUAAGUUUGCGGUGAAGCGAGACGCAGCAUAAACAGGUAAAUUCGCUCGCUGCUGCUGCCGUGCCGAGCAGCGUCUGGGUGUUUUGUGGUGCAAUAUUGCAGAUACGGUAGUUGCUGACGGCGCCGAGCAGCGUCUGUGCCCUUUCCCAAAGCAAGCAGAAUCGUGCUAUAUCGCUCGACGAACUUUGUUUAACCGCGUUUUGCUCUGACGGACGUACAAUACAAUGUAGCGCCGCUGUACCAUCUUCCUGACGCUUUGUUUAAUUCCGUCUUCAUCGAACCCGCCGCGUGGUACCGUUGAGUUUUCCGAAGGAAGAUGUCACAUUUUGCGAUUAAGGGAUUCUGUCCAUGCUGUUCAGGAGCGUCAUACCCUGGUACAUCUUCAGCAGCAUCUGGUCUGGCAGCUGUCAAGUGCAGAGUUGAAGACAGGGAUCAGCCACUUCUUCAUGAAACAAGGACGAGGACAUUUGUGACCGAAGCAGAGACAGCCGGCUUCCAGCCACCUACACCCGUGACUCAUCGGAUGCCGACCACCAGAAAACUGGAGUUUGUGCCAGCAAACGCCCAUGAUGGCAUUCCCAUGUACAGUAUCCUGAACAAGGAUGGCAGGCUUGCCGAAGGCGUCGAGGACCCAAAGCUGGACAAGGACCUGCUGGUGCGCAUGUACUCUAAGAUGGUGCAGAUGAACAUCAUCGACCAGAUCAUGUACGAGUCGCAGAGACAGGGCCGUAUCUCCUUCUACAUGACCCACUAUGGUGAGGAGGGCGUGCUCAUCGGAAGUGCAGCAGCGCUUGAUGACAAGGACCUGGUCUUUGUCCAGUACCGCGAGUAUGGCGUGCUGCUGUGGCGAAACUUUUCGGUGAACCAGACAAUGCAGCAGUGCUACUCUACAAUGUACGACUAUGGCAAGGGCCGCCAGAUGCCCAUCCACUACGGUUCUACGCAGCAUCACUUUGUCACUGUCUCAUCGACACUUGCAACGCAGAUGCCACAGGCUGUGGGCACCGCGUACGCCUACAAGCUGGCCCAGAAGAAGCAGUGUGUGGCCUGCUACUUCGGCGAUGGUGCUGCCAGCGAGGGCGACGCCCAUGGUGCCUUCAACUUUGCGGGUGUACUCAGCACGCCAAUCAUCUUCAUCUGCCGGAACAAUGGCUACGCCAUCUCAACGCCUACUUGCGAACAGUACAGCUGCGAUGGAGUUGCUGCGCGAGGUCCGUCAUAUGGGCUGACAACGAUUCGUGUUGAUGGCCAGGACAUCCUUGGCGUGUACACGGCAGUAAAGGAGGCCCGCCGCUUUGUGAUGGAACAGCAGAAACCUGUCCUCAUUGAAGCUAUGACGUACAGAAUCGGCCACCAUAGCACGUCGGACGACAGCACGGCUUAUCGGUCAGUGGACGAAGUGCGGACGUGGGAUGACCAAGGCCAUCCAAUCAUGCGACUUCGCCAUUUCCUCCUUGACCGUGGAUACUGGAGUGAACAGCAGGACAAGGACAUCAAGGCAGCCUUCAAGAAGGAGGUCUUACAAACCAUCAAAGAAGUCGAAAAAGUUCCCAAGCCUCCGGUCAGUGAUCUUUUCACCGACGUUUACAAGGACAUGCCCCCACAUCUCAAGGAGCAGAUGACGUACAUGUUGAACCAUGUGCAGAACUACAAGGAGGGGUACCCCAUUGACCUGCACGCCAAAGAAGAAAGCUAGGACUAGGCACAUAAGUAUAUCAUUGCAUGCCAUUACUGUGGACAGUUAAGGGUGUUGAAUAAAGGAGGGCUGAAGAUACUAUUUUUGUCGAGCCUGAAAUGUCGCCACCAAUUUUAUUUUAUAGAAUAGUCAUAAAAAGUUUUUCCAAUGUGGAAACACUAAUACGACUGUGAGCUGUAUCCACAAAGCAGAGGUAUGUCAAUGUGUUCAAACCCAGUUGCACACAUGUAACUCUUCUAGGUGAUUACUGUUGGCACUGAGAACACAGAAUUUUUAUAGAAUGAUCCUAAAAAGCUUUUGCCCAUAUGGAACAUAGAAUUUUGAUAGAAUGGUGUAACGUUUUCACCAAUGUGAAAACACUAAUGCCACUGUGAGCUGUAUCCACAAAGCAGAGGUGUGUUGAUGUGUUCAAACCCAGUUGAAACCCAGUUGAAGCGUAACUGUUCUGAUUGCCAUUGGCACUGUGAACAUGUCGAUACAUCUUGCUGAGCUCGGAGUCUUUGCUUGCUUUACCAAACUGUCCUGAAAAGCGACCAAAGGUGCCAUCACGUGUUGCAGUCGUGAAGCAGCUGUAUGUCGAGCUGGGUGCAGAUGCGGAUGCAUCAUGUACACAGUGCUAAUGUUAUGUUUUGCCUUUGUUUUAGGCCCAAUUCAGCAGGGUGAAAAACAUGGAGACGAGCUUUGUUGUUCAGCUUUGUUCCUAGUGCUGAUGGGAUGCUGAUGUAUUCUGCAAAAAUCAUUGAAUUCAAUUCAGUAGAUGAAUGCCUGGCAAGGUUUUGUUUCUUGAUAGAACAUUAAUUAUUGUUUUUGACUGGUUGUCUUACGAUUAUAUGUGUGAUGAUUUGAAAGGCAUUUCAUUUUUGAGAAUGGUGUCAAAUUUGCUGAGGAUGUCAAAAAGGAGAAGCUUGUUGGUAUGUAAGUUGCUGAUAGAAGAUAAGUUAAUUGAAAGGGCAAGUUUGGGCAGGAUUUAGCUGAAAUCAUAACUCGCACUUUAGUACAUCUGUUGUCAUGGGACAUCACUUAGCGGUCAACUUAGAUAAUUUGAUAGCACUGAAAAGCUGAAAAAACAUGAUCAUAACAGGUAUGAUGUUAUUAAUUAGCAUUUAAUUGGUUUAGUGCAGUUUGGUAAGGGGUUGCUCAUUUAAUUAAGCCUUAAGAUAACAGUCAUAAAAGCAGGUAGGUUACUUUGACUAAUUGCAUUUAAGUUAUGUGCUCUUUAACUGGGCUGGUCAGACCUGUGGGGCGACUUGCAACAAAAAGCAAUGCUAUACAAUAGGGCACAAGAAUGUGAUUUAACGCAUCAUGUUCCAAAUUAUUUAUGUUGACACACUUUGGACACAUACUCUACAGUUAGUCGCAAGUAAUCACUUUUGCAGGAAUUACAGUUGAGCAUCUCUGUGUACACAGUGGGCAUGACAGGUUUUAAAUACUUUGCGGAGUUUCUUUGUACAGAUCACAUUGUAGACUGUGCAUAGGUACAUCGGCUGGCUCGUUAGCAGGAUUCCGCCAAAGAGGGCAAAAUUUCCCGCGGUUAUUCCUUCGUCCGUUGCCAUUGCCGUGGCACGGUACAUUGCGUACAGCGUUGCAUGCGUGUUCAUUUCACGCAUUUUAGUUCGUCCUGUCCCACCUGGCCACAGCAACAUCCGGGAGAGCACGGCAGAAGCGUGGAAUCUUUGAGCUCUCAAUGUAUGUAAAAGUCAUGUGCUAGCCACUGUAGUCAUUUUCCAGAAAUUCCUUCAUUGGUGUAGCAGCUCCUGUGUGAGCCAGUUAACACCUUGUAAUACUUCUUUGUCAGACAUUAGCCAAUUUAUCUUAUAGUUAUACAGCCGAGGAUAUUUACUAUGUAGUAGAAUGUAAUCAAUAGUAAAAUUUUUUGUAGUCAAUAUCUUACAAUAGCAGUGCAUAGAGUUUCCUUAUACAGACCACAUUGUAGACUGUGCAUUUGUACAUAAGCUGAAGCAUGAGAUAACGUAUCAAAAGUGUUGAAUCUUUGAGCUCUCAUUGUAUGUAAAUGUCAUGAGAUAGCCACCGUAGUUCCGAAAAUUUCUUCAUUGGUGUAACGUUCUGUGUGAGCCAGUUAGCACCUUGUAAUACUUAGUUGUCAGAUAUCCAAUUUAUCUUGUAGCUAUAUAGCUGAGAUAUUUACUAUGGAAUUACUAUUUACUAUGUAGAAGAAUGUAAUCGAUAGUAAAAUUUUUAUACUCAAUAUCUUACAAUAGCAGCACAUGCUACCAUUGGUACUGGGCAAAACAAAGUACUUUGCUCACAGUACAGUUCAAGUGGACUGCUUGGAGGCAGGUAAUGUAACUACAGUCGAUAUUCAUUAUAACAAAGUCACAUUUGACUUGAAAAUAUGUUCGUUACAUCCAAUAUUUGUUAUCUGUGAGAACAGAAAAAAACAAAUUGUGAUUAGGUCUGUGUGAAAGAAACGCAAGACUGAUGCCUCCAACAGGUUGUUGAGGGUCUCCUGACAAUUUAGAAGGCAUUGCUAGAAUUUUGACAGGCGCACCAAGCCGCUGGCCAAAAUGUGUCCAAGCGUCUAUAAUGUGCCAUUUCAAGUUGCUCUUGCUGAGUACAUGACAUUCUUUUGCUACCAGAAUAUGCACUUUAAGUUGUAGAAUGUGAUUCACUGUAACCAAUACUAUUAAUUGUUUGGAAUCUUGCAAUUUCAGUUUCGUUGUAGCAGUCGAAUACUCACUAAAAUAAAGCCUGGGCAAACAAAUUUUAUAUUUACUUCAUUAUAUCCAAUAACUCGCUAUAUAUAUGUCUGUUACGUUAAUGUUCAACGGUACUUUUUUAGUGAUUAUUAAGCCAGUGUUUUGAAAUUACAGCAUGUGUGUACUUUGACCUUUGGAGACAUUGAUCUCUUGUCAUUGCCUUAGGCUUGAUCUGCAUAGCCUUCAUAUGGUUGUGAUAGUCUAAGGCAAGGUCAGAAAUGUUGUGAUGUUCUUUUGUUUGUUUGCCUUAGAAUAGAAUGGUUUAACUUCAGCUAUAAUACAACACAGCAAGCUAUGCAUUGAUGAGAUGCUGAGAGAUUGGCCACCUUGCUUGAAUUGAUGUGCGUUUCUAAAAGCUGCACUGCAAAUUUCAAUAUACGCGAAGCCAUUUCAUGUGGAGACUUGAUAUUUUUCUACUCGUGACAGCUUUUACUGUCAGUUUAGCAAUUCCUUGGAUCAGCAUAUUUUUACCUAAGGGAUUUUGUUGUGUUAAGCAUGCUUGGUGUACUUGGCAUGUAGUUUAUUGGUGUGCUGAAUACUGGAUAUGGUAGGCUCUAUUAUGAAAGUAGAAACAUGAGUAAAUUCCAUGAAACAGUCAUGCUUGAUGACUGGUUAAUGUGUAGUACACAAUUCUGUAUGUGUUUUACGGCAGUUUAGAUUAGACAUCAGAAUAGUGGUGCAUAUUGUGUGUGUUACGUCGACAGAGUCUGUGUUCAUUUCAAAGUCGGCAAUUUGCUGAAUAAACUCUUGUGAGCCCAGGUUGCAUUUAUACUUCAA